AUGAAGGACGAAAUGAAACUAGCAUCAAAUUUAGUGUCCAAUGGUUCUAUCGAUUAUAAAGGGCGAAUCGCAGAAAAACGAGAAACCGGAGGAUGGAAAGCCUCCCCUUACAUCAUAGUGAAUGAGGUGGUGGAGAGGUUUGCAUUCUUUUCGAUAGCGGUAAACAUGGUGGCUUAUCUGGUGGGGGAAAUGCACCAGCCGCUACCGGAGGCCGCCACUCACGUGACCAAUUGGAGCGGUGCCGCCUAUGUUUUGACUCUGCUCGGAGCAUUUGUUGCCGACGCCUAUUUGGGCCGUUUCUCAACUAUUAUCACUUUCUCUUGCAUAUAUGCAGUGGGAAUGGUGUUGCUAACACUUUCCGGAUCCAUCGACACCUUACGGCCACCUCAAUGCACAACGAAGCCCUGCAUCCAAGCAUCAACAUCCCAAACAAGCUUCCUCUACUGCGCAAUGACGCUUAUAGCCCUCGGCACGGGCGGCAUAAAGCCAUGCGUCUCCUCAUUCGGGGCGGACCAAUUCGACGAAUCCGACCCCAUCGAGGCCCAAAAAAAAUACUCGUUUUUCAAUUGGUUCUACUUCGCCAUAAACAUGGGGGCUAUGUUCGGUAUUACGCUUCUAGUGUAUGUACAAGUGGAGUUCGGGUGGGGUUGGGGGUUCGGGAUUCCGGCGGGGGCCACAUUUGCUUCGAUCUUUAUCUUUGUUGCUGGCCGGAGAAAGUAUCGGUACCAAAAGCCGAUGGGGAGUGCGUUUACGAGGUUCGUUCAAAUGCCACUUUUCUUCACCCGUCUGGUCUUCUAUCAGAGUGUCCCAUCAUGGGGCACGUUACAACGCAGCGGAAUUGGGUGUUUGGAUAAAGCAGCCGUGAUAAUUGAACCGGGCGGCGAGACAAAGAACCGGUGGAAAAUCUGCACAAUCACACAAGUGGAAGAGUUCAAAUCAUUCAUACGAAUCCUUCCGGUUUGGGCUGCCACCAUCGCCCUCUCCAUCUCCUACGCCCAGCUGUCGACAUUCUUCAUCGCUCAGGCCAACACCAUGGACCGGAAUCUCGGACCGGAUUUUAAAAUCCCGGCCGGUUCAGUCCCGGUUUUCAGCUCCUUCAACGCACUAAUAGUAAUCCCCAUCUACGAGAAGCUCGCCGUCCCGUUUCUCCGGGCGAGGACCGGCCACCCACGUGGCAUCACCUCGUUGCAGCGUAUAGGCGCGGGUCUGUUCGUGUCGAUCUUCGCCAUGGUUUCCGCCGCCGCGGUGGAGAGGACUCGCCGGGGAGAAAGCUCCGGCGGUUCGAGGGUCAGCGUGUUCUGGCUUUUCCCGCAGUGCUUUCUGAUCGGGACGGCGGAGGUUUUCUCUUACGUGGGGCAGCUGGAGUUUUUCUACGACGAGGCGACGGAAGGGACGAGGAGCAUCAGCAGCGCCGUGUUUUUGAGCGAGAUCGGGAUCGGGAGCUGGCUGAGCUCCGCCGCCGUGAAGAUGGUUGUGAGAGGCAGCGGUGGAGUGAGGAAGGGGUGGCUGAGGGAAGAUCUCAACGAGAGCCGGCUCGAUUACUUCUACUGGAUUUUGACGGGGGUCAACGCGUUGAAUUUCUUUGUGUAUUUGUGGGUGGCGCGGCGGUAUAAGGGUCGGAGAAGUGAACCUGCGGCGGCGGUGGAAUUGGCCGCCGGCCAAGUACAUGAUAACGGCGACGGAAUCUUUUGAUACUUACAAUUUCUUGCGUAAAUAACUUGUUAGUUAUCUUAUUUAUUAUCUUACCCCUCCAAUUUAAAGAAAUUUUAUUAGGCAACUCUCAUCUCUUGAUUUAUGGUAAUUAA